AUGCCUCCCAGAGCGAGGCCUGUUAAGCCAGCUAACAAGAUGGUCACUGAUGAUGCCGCUGCUGCUGCUGCUACGCUGAAGUCUCCUGCUGCUGGUCCGUCGGCUCGCCCUGCAUCUGUUACGGCUGUUCCGUCGAAGUCGUCACGCACUCUGUUCGCGAAGGAGGACUCUGAGUCGCUGACGCUGUCUGCUAAGCUCGCGGCUCUCCGGAUCGAGCAGGCUGCUGGUGGGAAAGCAGAUAAAGGCAAGGCGAAGGACACGGAUUUCAAGGAUGCUGUGUCAGACGCGGAAGAUGAUGCUGCUGGUGAUGAGGAUCAGGACGCACCUGACGCUGCACGCCGCGUCAACUUCAUGGAUGAUGAGGAUGAUGGCCUUCAGGCGCAUGACCCGAAGGAGUGCUUCGAGGAUAAGGCGAAAGAGGAUCUGGCGGCGAAGCUCCGGUUCCCGCUUACGCUGCUGAUCCCGAUUGAUGAGAAGUACAUCGUCCUGGAUUGGCUUUAUCCGGAGGACCCAGGGUACACAAGGAGGAAGAUCACUGACCCGGCUGUUAUUGAGGUGCUGUUUCUCGGUGUUGCUGCGGAGAUCUCCCCGGAGAUGCUGCAUGAGGCGCUCGCCAUCUCUCCGCUGAAGAUCUGCAAGCGUCCGGCCUUCAAGGAGGGUUUCCACUUCCAUCGCGUGGUGCACCCUGUUUCGGGGCUGGACACUGACUGGGUGAAGGGAUUGGUGGUCGCUCAUGAGAAUGAUCAGUUUCGGUGGCUGCAUUGGAUCAUCCUCAAGGAUCCCGCGCUGGUGCUGGUCUCAACGGCAGGGAACAGGGAGGAAUGGGUCUGCCUGCUGGAGUGUUGCGAGAAGGCGAAAGGUUCCUCCUUCGAGCAGGCUGCGCAUCAUGCGCUUUCCCAGCGCCAUCGGGGAGGGCUGGGGAAGCAGGGUGCUGCCACGCGUGUACUCAAGGACAAGUUGAAUCUCCGUGUGCUGCGCAAGGAGUACGGGAUUUAA